AUGAUGAUGAUGAUGCAACUACUAUCGGAAAAAAUUGGCCCACUCUGCCCGGGUCCCAUUACUCUGGCGUCCCCAUCUUCACUCCUCACUCCAACAAUCAGAGCCCAGCUACAGCAGAAUGAUUCCGGGCUCUGGCCACCCAAUGACCCAGAAACAGAUAGACAGAGGAUCUCAAGUCCGCACGCACAGGACGGCGGCAAGGCAAUCGGUGAAUUGGGAAAGGACAUAAAGAGCUAUCAGCAGGUGACUAACGAGAGCAUUGUGAGAGGCGAUACUAAUGCUGAUGUUGAUGUUGGUGAAGUUCAUGUGACGAGGUGGGCUCGCGACUCGACUGCGACCACGACGCAGAAGACUAUCCCCUUCCCUUCCCUAACACGCCCGGCAAAGGCUCUGUUGCCGAGCUCGGCGUUGGCGGAUCAUUUGGCCCGACCCAGAAGCGACGUAAAGCAGAGGGACGCAGCCAACAAAGGCGGCGGCAACUUGCUUGCCACGUCACAAGAUAAGUAUUCGUAA